AUGGCCGAUUCUUCUAGCAAAAAAGCAAAGCGCGGCAGUCAAACUAAUGCUGAUGCGAUAAUCACCGACAAGCGUUUUGCAAACAUCCAAAAUGAUCCUCGAUAUCGCUUACCCAGCAAACGUCACACCCAUGUCAAACUCGACAAACGUUUCUCGCACAUGCUGCGAGACAAGGAUUUCUCCAGGAACGCCGCAGUAGAUCGAUAUGGUCGCAAACUGAAGCGAGACGAUACCAAAAAGCAGCUCGAGAAAUUUUACCAGUUCGAAGAUGAGGACGCCGGCAACGCAUCUCAGGUUAGCGUUGACGAUGACGAAGAGAUCAUGAAAGAAUUAGAAAAGGCGAAUCAGAGAGACUAUGAUCCAGCACGUGAUGGCGGAUUCUCCGAAUCUUCAUCUUCUGAAGAAUCUUCGAGCGACGAGGAGGAUGAAGAGGAGGCGGAUUAUACAGCAGCAGAGGUCGAAUUUCCUGAUAAACAGCAAUCAGAUGUUCCAUUGGGAGAGGUGACGAAUCGAAUCGCGGUUGUCAACCUUGAUUGGGACAAUAUCCGGGCUGAAGACUUAAUGGCGGUCUUCUCGAGUUUCACAACCGGCGGUCGUAUAAAGAGGGUUACAAUUUAUCCAAGUGAAUUCGGUAAAGAGAGGAUGGAAAGAGAAGAAUUGGAAGGUCCACCUAAGGAAAUUUUCGCAUCCAAGUCUGAAUCAGAGGACGAUGAGGACUAUGAAGAACCCGAAGACUCUGAAGAGGAGGAAGAAGCCAUUAAAAAGUCGAUCUUGAAGGAGGAUGAAGGUGCAGAAUUUAACACUACACAACUACGACAGUAUCAGCUGGAGAGGUUACGUUAUUUCUACGCGAUUAUUGAGUUCUCUUCGAAGGAAACCGCCAAACAAGUUUAUGAUGCCGUUGAUGGCACGGAAUAUCUUUCUAGCGCCAAUUUCUUUGACCUACGGUUUGUGCCUGAUGAUACAGACUUCAGCGACGACAAACCGCGAGAACAGUGUGAUCGUAUACCUGACGGUUAUAAACCCACCGACUUCGUGACAGACGCACUUCAGCAUAGUAGAGUCAAGCUCACGUGGGACGCCGAUGAUAAAGCUCGAAAGGAUGCUCAAGCUAAAGCUUUCAAGGGUGGACGAAAAGAGAUUGAAGAGAAUGAUCUAAAGGCUUACCUGGCAAGUGAUACCUCCGAUGAUGAAGGUGAAGAACAAGUAGAAGUUGUCGACGCCACUACUGCUAGCAAAUCAUCGAGUAUAUCAAAGAAAGAAGCAGAACGACAACGAAUGCGGACACUUCUUGGAUUAGGUGACGAGCCUGCCGCUCCAUCUAAAUCAAAAGGACCCGUUGGGGAUAUGGAGAUCACUUUCACAUCGGGCCUAGCUGGUGAGCCAGCUCGGGAGUCUGUCUUUGAGAACGAACCGGAAAUCGAGGAGACCACAGUGGAGAAGUAUAUUCGCAAACAGAGAGAGCGCAAGAAACAGAGAAAGGAAAAGUUGAAGAAGAAGGCAGAAGCAACUGGAGAUGCUAAAGCUGAAGGAGCUGAAAAUAAAGCUGCCGAAGAAGACCUUGGGUUCAAUGAUCCAUUCUUUGAUGAACCUGAGAGCAAGGCCAAGAACUCCCAACGCAAAGAAGAAAGACGCAGGAAGCGCGAAGAAAAGGCAGCUGAAGAAGCAGCUGCCGCUGCAAAGCGUGCUGAGCUCGAACUUCUCAUGGUUGAUGACCAAUCGGCGGGGAUGUCUCAUUUCGACAUGAACGAGAUAGAAAAAGCAGAGAAGAAAGCCCGUAAGAAGGGCAAGAAGGGAAAAUCCAAGCAAGAGCAGGAGCACGUUGCGGGUGAUGAUUUCCAAGUGGAUGUUGCAGAUCCUCGUUUUGCCAGCCUUUAUGAAAGCCACGAAUUUGCCAUUGACCCUACGAACCCCAAGUUCAAACCUACCUCAGGAAUGAAGGCGCUCCUGGAAGAAGGCCGAAAACGUCGGCGAGUACGUGGCGCGGAUGACGAUGUACCGACCGAGACGACGAAAAAGCAAAAGAAGGCUUCGAAGUCCGGCGACGCAGCGGAUGACAUAGAUUUGAAGAAACUGGUUGCGCGGGUUAAGAGCAAAACAAAGAAGACGUGA